ACUUGCCUGUGGUUCGCUAGGGUUCAUAAUAACACCACCACUUUCUUUCUGAACCCACUAUUUCCGUUCUGUGAAUAUUACGCAACUUGUGUUGUUUGCUGUGUGUGUGAUUUUGUUGUGAUUCACGCGAACUUUUAAAUAAUUUCUCUUUUCUUGUCGUCUGUGCUUCGAUAGGUGUGAUUUCAAUUAAAAUUUAGGCGAUCAGACAUUAAGCAUCAUUGAAAGUGAAUUACUUUGUUGUCAUUUUAUAAAUCGCCGCUGGCUCGAGCGGUCGUGUUGUUGUUGCAAACGAAGUGUCAAGUGUCAAGUUGAGACGAAUGUGUAAACGCUAGUGCGCUGAAGAUGGAGAGCGGAGUGCACGCGACUGUGCCGCUCCGGGUUGGGAAGAAGAUGAGGAAACGGAGGGAGUUGGACGCUCUGGUGGGAGCUGGCUCGCGGGGAGGCCGGCUUUUGUCUGCGUCGAGCGACGAGGGCGAGCCCUGGGGGAGACGCUCUCGUCGGCGGAAGAGCAGGCCCUUCAUCAGGAUCGCGGUGGCUUUGUCCCUGUGUGUGUGCGUCGUGUCGGCCGCGACUGUCAUGUGGUUGUUUGUGGACGUGAGGCGCCAGAUUGUCUCGCUGCGUAUCGAGAUGGAUCGAGUAACAACAAGUAGUGAUAGCGUGGGUGAUGCGCUGCAAGUGUGUCACACGGCAGCCAAGGAGCUGCGGGCGAAUACCAGCGAGCUGAGCAUGAGACUGGCCAGGCUUGAGCUGGACCAGCAGGAGUUGUCUAAGAAACUGGAGCAGGCGACUGCUGAGCUGGCCUCUGUGUCGGACCAGCUCUCCGCUGCGCCGAAACUAGCUGACACGCCGCGUCGUAUCGCCGAGCUACAGAGGACUGUCGCAGACUUUGGAUCACAGAUAAAAGGCUUUGACAGCUCGCUAGAGUCUGCGCAUAAGCAGGCGUUGACAGCGGCCACCGGUCUUGAAGAGUUGCGGAACAGUCUCGCCCACCUGGAGGAGAAGACGAACGACACCAUAGCGAACAUCACGGAGAGUUCUAGAAGAACGGAUCAGAUUCAGACACAGCUGACAGCUAUCAGUGACAAACUCGCGGGCCGAGUCGAUGAGCUGCAGACGAAAAUAGCCGAUAUGACGAAAACGACUGUUACGGCUGCGUCCACCGCUCUUCCCGUCAUUACCGCUUCAUCCACCACCAGUUCCACGAGCACAACGACAACACAAGGUCCAGUGAAGCCCAGUGUUCUGGCGAUGAAGGAGCCAGUGGCCAGCUAGAUCCGGCCGGUGGUCUGCUCACGAACUUGUCUCAAGGUAUAAGUUGCGUCCACUUGACUCAGACUAUUGAAAGUGUUAAUUAGUUUGUAAAAUGAGAGCUGAUCUAUUUAUAAAUCAUUCAGUGAUGCUAAAAUAUCAAUGGUUAUUUAAACUAUUAAACAUAUUGAAGUUUCGAAGGCAAAACUCGCGUUCUUUUUAAAAAGUAAUUCAUUUCAGUUCUUUAUUGGAUUAUCGUUAAAAAUGCCGUAUUGAUGAAAUUCAAUGAAAAUAUUUAUAUCACAGUUUCGGAGAUCGCAGUCAUUAAUGUUCCUAUUAUUCAAAAUGAAGUGAUAUAACAUGGCCAAAACACUAGUUAACUAUACAGUUGUAUAGGGUAGUUAAAACAUAAAUUUAUUUCUAGCACAAUAACUUAAAAAAUGCACUAUUAUUAAAGCAUUGCUACUACAGAACCCUUCAUGGGCGAGUCCGACACGCGCUUGGCCGCUUCUUAUUUUUAUUAUUAUCAGCUCUCAUUAGAUUGCAGUAGAGAGAUCCCUCCAAGUAUGAAAAAAUUUAGUUAAGGAAUGUAUUUUGAGCACAAUUGGAUGAUGUACAUACACAUUGACAUCGACACAGAGAAUGGAUCGUAUGACACCUGUAUGAUAGUAGCACAAAAUGUAAGCAGAGACAAAGUCACUGUGUGGCCAUUUCCCGCGUAUUUUAUAAAUCAGCCUCAUAUAUAAGAUGAAAAUGACUUUUGAGACACAAUCCCGCGAAAACUGAAUGUAUCGAUCGGGAUGUGACGUUGACGAUCCGACGCGGAGUUUUCUGUUGAUGAUUAUUAGCUUAUUAUUAUUAUUAUUAUUGUUGGAUUCCUCUCAUUUAUUACCGCCAUUAUUUUUUUUUUGUAUAAAUUUUUAGCACACUAGUAGGUAGAUAUAGGAUGGCAAGUGGCUUAAGUUAUGGAACGAGAAGGAAAAGAGAGAACCAAUAGGAAAUUGAUAUGCCCAUAACACAAAUAGAGCUUGCAAUAGAAGCUUGGCUGCAGAAGAAGGUGCCGUUGUGGUUCUAUCUAUCCAGUAUCGUAUGCAAACAAUCCGUCAUCGUUGAUGUAAUCCAGAGAUCUUAGAAUCAUGUGAGCUCUUGGCUUUAAGAUCCCUAAUCCAAAUACUAGAGAGAUACAAAAAAAAAUAUUUGAAAACUUUUGACAUUCAUAAGUGUCAUCUCCUUGAUCAACAUAAAUAAAGUGAUUUUGAUUUGAUUUGAUUUGACAAGUACCCAAUGGUCGCAAAUUCACCUUAUAUAUCUCUUCUCCUUUUCCUUCCCUUUUUUUCUCACAAUUCAUUCUCUAUCUACGGUAGUACCAAUUCAUGUGGCAAUUGGUGUUAUUUUGAUUGAUUUUUAUUAAAUAUUUGCUCUGAAACAGUAAGCGUAUUCAUUUUUUGUGUUUUUAAUAAACGCGAUUUAAAGUUAUUCCAAAUUUAAAACUUUUUUGUCUUUAUCUUACCUUUGUCACUACAGCAUUACAAUGACAGCGAGAAGUAAUUUUAAACUUGGAGUAACUUUAUUAUUCAUAAUAUAUUAAACGCAAUUAUCAAAAAGACAGAUUGCGGUGUAUCGUUUGUUAAGAUGUACAAGGCAUCGAACCGUUUUCAAUCGCGAUCUAAACUAAUUUUCUGGCGGAACUGGUUUCUCUUUGUUUGCGCAAUAACACGAGUUUUAUAGGCGUUUUAAAUGUUUAAACAGUAUGAAAGUAAAGCACAUUUUGGUUUAUUUUAAGAAUAUGGUUAAAUUAUAUGUUUUUAAACUGUAACAUCAAUGUAAUUAUUAUGACGGCUACCGCAGUACAAAUGCAACAAAAAGACCCAAAAGUAUGGACGUCGUCAGUAGUGUGUGUCGUUAUAUAGGGAAUCAAAGACCAAAAUGAAUUAGGCGCCAAGUGGACAGAUUGAUGUACUAUUAGUGUCAAGUGUCAAUGUGUCAAGAGGUUCUCGCCGUCUCCGCAGUUCCGCCGCGACCACGUUUCAUGCAAUUGGAUCGAAAUAUCGGCAUCAAAUUAAUAGAAUAUAAUAUGCCGUGAGUACCCGCCAUAAUAAUUACAAGGAUUUAAUUAUGGUUAGUUGUGUAUGUGAUGAUAUACAGGGUGGCCGAGAAGUUGACGUCUCAUGGUGAUGAGUAGCCGAAUCACCCCUAUGUAUGUUCUACGAUUUUUCGUAGUUUAGGAGAUAAUAAUUUUUUCCCCCUUUUAUCCGCUUUUUUCACCUAAUUGUGGUUUAGGACUUAUUUCUAAUUUUUUUUGAAUACUUUUAGUUAAUUUUAUUGUUGAUAAUUAUUAACUACAGUUGCAAUAACCACAUAAGAAACUAUAUUAGAAUGCUGAACUAGUUUAGAAUUGAGUCGUAAGUUCAAGAGCUCCAGCUAAAUUCAUUAAAAUUUUCAAGGUAUCAAAAAUAAAAUAAAAUAGGGAGCCUAUGGCUUCUAUUUUUAAAAACUUCCCAGAACAUUGGCCAAUAAAAUGAGUCAAAUUCAAAUUUUAGCUUUGGACGUCAACUUCUCGGCCACCCAGUACAUAUUAUAUUAUCUACACUACUUGUGUGUAUUGUUAUAGAUUUAAAAAUUGGAUUGAUAGUUUUGAAUGCUUUUUAUAUUUCUGUAAACGCAAUAUUUACCUUUCCGAGAUUAAUUAACUCCUCUUCAUAGGCAUAGUUCAAUCCAUGUAUUUUGUCAGUUUUAAUAUUGUAUUAUCUCCAUUAAGUUUUUAAUAAGUAUAAUAAUUUCUUUGGCAUCGAAUUAGAUCUCAAGUUUAAAUGCUUCUUAAUAACAUGCUUGAUGGCCAAAUUGUAUAAACUUAUUAGUUAUAAUAUGCUAGUCUUAUUUGCAAUGAAAUGUGACAUUUAUUUAGAGAAAAUCACGGACUAGUAAAAAAAUAAGGACUCCGUGUCACCUUACAUAACAGUGUAGCACUAAAACAAGCCGAUUAACGUGUAAAUACAUAGCCCCACGCACACACUUACAAUACAACAGGCCGAUAGGCGGCCAUUAUGAGAAUUGUCAUCGUCUGUGACAGAUCAGUUUGUGUCUCAAUAAAAUAUUUUAAAAAUGCCGUCGUGCGUUGUGUAAAAAUGUAAAAACGAUACUAUAUAAGUAUUUGUGGCCAUAUAUGAUUAUUUAAGUGAGAAAAAAUUGUGUAACUAGUAUCCCUCGUAACCGCACACACUCUAGCAUAACGGUGCUUCACAUGCUAAUAUCACGGCACGGAGUCCUCCUUUUUUACUCGUCCGUGGAGAAAAAUGUUUUUUGGAAAAUAAUGCAAGUAUAUUUUUUACUAUUAUAAUAUGACUUGUUUCGCAACCAUAUUAUAGUAAAAUAGAUCUUUUAAGCUAAAUUAUUCAUGCACGUUAUUUGUGACCGGUCGUAUUAAAAUUUAAAUUACUGCAGUGGUUAUAGAAAUCUAAAUAAGUAUGUAAUAAGUGUGUAAAUUUCUUCUUGUCGCUUAUUUAUAACAUUGCUACGUAUACAAAUAAAUUUUGGAAAAAAUUUCGACUCGAAACCACGAAUUCUCGCGUUCCGUGUGAGUGCUCUCCCAACUGAGCUAACCGUUCGAGUAACGUAUCGUCAUAAAAUCUUGUAUGCUUUGUUCAACUCUCAGGUUGUGGCUUCAUCUACAGGAUCUACUUUACAGUUGAUAACCUGCUCAACCCCAAUAUAUGCAUAUUAGGAAAUUGAGUUGAGAUGUCGCUCUUGCAAAUCUAAAAAAAUUGUUAUGUUUUUAAAGUGAUAAUUCUCACUUCUGACUCGAACCCACGACCGUGGGACGUGGACGUGGGCUCGAGUCCCGCAUCGUUCAUAAAAUAUUAAUUUUAAAUUUUAUUUGAUAUUUUAAUCCCAGAAAUGAGGGUAAUCGCUUUAAAAACAUAACAAAUUGUUUAGAUAUUGUAUGCUUGCAACGUGGAUAUUGAGAGACUUUGACAAUUGUGGGCAGAAUAACGACAAUACUAUUGUGAUAGUGAAAUGUUACCGCUAUUUCUUAAAUACAGCAGUUUAGGUUGAAUGUCAUGUUAUGAUUGGUAUAGCUGCAGGUCCAGGAAGACUUCCGAUUAAUACUAAAUCAAUACUUUUCUUUGGUAUUUUAUAUCAUCCGUGAGGCGACAUGACAACUACCUACUUAUUUAGAUUACUAUGGCAGUGAUCAAUGACGCUCUAUACACAUAAAAGGACAUACCAUUCGCAGUCCGAUAUCGGAAUAGCAAAAGUGUGCUUAAAGACAAUGUAAGCACACUUUUUAGUCGUGUGUCGACUUUCACUGCCCGUAUCAAAUCUGAACUGAAAAUGAUUUACAUUGCUGUUUAUUUUCGAAGAAUGUUUUAAACAACUGUAGCAAAUGCGGCAAUGUAUUGAUAUAGCAGUCGAAACUGUCGUGUAAUUUGUGGCAUGUACCAUAUUUCGGCUUUUUUUUUUAUGACGUGAUUUGUCUGUAUGUAUAGAACGUCAGUGAUACAAAAUUCGGUCGUGCAGUAGAAAUAAUUUAGGGCAAUGACUCGUUUCAUUCGUUAAUUAAAUAAUUUAUCUUUAAAUCAAGCCCCAGAUUCAUCACAAUAAACUACAACAAAGCAAAUAACACCUUUGUCGUUUAACUGUUAAGGUCCAUAAUUACGUGCACCAUUCGCGGGUCCCAGUGUCGAGAUGUGAUGUAUUGCAAUAACAGUAAUUUUAGUGAUUGUGUCACUUGUAAAUAGAAUUUAUUUAUAUCUAGUUUGUAGAUUAAGGUGAUCCACUUCGUUGUUGGUUGUGGGUCUUGUGUGUAUAUACUGUGUGUACGGGUGGGUGUGUGCGGUUUUUUAACUGGCAGACUUCUAUUUACUUAGAUAAGAGAGAAAAUUAUAUAUUAACUGAACAUAUUUCGCGUAUUAAUUAAUCUGAAUUGCAAGUUAGUUUGAAUUAUGUUAUGUAAUUGUGGGAGGUUCCUUUGCACAGGAUGCCGGCUAGAUUAUGGGUACCACAACGGCGCCUAUUUCUGCUGUCAAGCAGUAAUAUACAAACAUUACUGUGUUUCGGCCUGAAGGGCGCCGUAACUAGUGAAAUUACUGGGCAAAUGAGACUUAACAUCUCAUGUCUCAAGAUGGCGAGCGCAAUUGUAGUAACGCUCAGAAUUAUUGGGUUUUUCAAGAAUCCUGAGCUACAUUGUAAUGGGCAGGGCGUAUCAAUUACCAUCAGGUUCACGUCCAGUUCGUCCCGUCCCUUUAUUUUCAUAAAAAAAUACUAAAAUGAUUAAAUAUGAAAAUAUAUACAUUUCUCUUUGGACUCGUUGCGGAUCCACGCAGACAAAAAGCUAGUAUAUUUGUAUAAUAAGGCAGAAAACCCAAUUUAAAUUAUAAUGUUUUUAAUUAAGUAAUUCUUCUUCUAAAAAUGAAGCAAUAAAUAUACUUAUAAUUAUAGAGAUAUAAUAUAUUAUAGAGAAACACACAUGAAGCCCGUAUUCUCAGUGAUAUACGCUGUUUAAUGUUAAUAAAUUAUUGUUAAUAUAUCAAUAACUAUUAUAAAA